CAAAAUGCGACGCGCGGAACUUGGUGAGGGCGUACCUACUCCUCUGUCAACAACCGGUACAUGAAUACUUUUGCCAGCCAGUACUUGCCUCAAACUUGAACUUUUGUCACACUCUUCUGAGCUCAGAGUGUAAACUCUAUGGACGGGCGCUGUGCUGUCGAGACUUGGGCAGAGUUUGACUGUUCAGGGACUUCAUGCACACCGAAGCUGAAGUUUGUUUCAGGGAAAGAUGUGUUCCUGUGGACUGGCGGUGAUGAAGUCUAUAUCUUUAGUACUCAGAGGAGCAAACUUACGGCUAUCCUACAGUUCCCUGGUCCUGUGAGUGACCUGGUUGGGAGUCCUGACACUCAGCUUCUCUAUGUAGCCUCUCACAGUGGAGUUUAUUGUGUAUGUUUACAAUCUCUACUAUCCAGCGCUGAUUCAGCCUCCCGCCCAGCUGAGAGUCAAAUCUCCUCUGAGUUUCUCGUUGUUCCUGAAGGAGGAGUCUUAUCACUGCUUCUCGUAGGCACCGUCCUCGUUACUGUUACUAAGAAAGACAAGUCCUGGGUGUUCACUCUGUAUAAUUCUACAAAACAAUCAGGAUUCAGAAGCUGUGAGAUGCUCAGUUCAUUCAGUCUACCAACAGUCUCUGAUGUUUUACACAAUGACUCUGAGAGAAGAAAGAGGCCUGUACUGAUGUGUGUUCAUUCCAGUGAUGCGACACAACUCUAUUCCUCCUCCACUUCUUCACCAGAGACUCAUUUACCUGACAGCCACUUCUUCCUCGACCCCGUCCUCUUCAAACUUCUUUUUGGGAUCGAUGCUGCUCUCACCAAGUCACCGGUUAUUCUCUGUGGCCUACCGGAUGGGGUCCUGUGUUUCCUCCCGCUGCGUCCCCCAGGAUCACGGCUCCGAGUCCUGCACAGCCUCGAGCAACCGGUCGUGUUUAUUGGAGGAUUUUCUGCAGCGGGGAGUUCGGGACGUGCACAGUGUUUGGUGGCAGUGGGUGAACAAGGGAGAGUGGUGCUGAUGGAAGUGAACAAAGGGGGACCAGAAGGAGGGGGGAACACGGCUGGUUUCACAGAGGGGUGUGUGUGUGGGCCUGUGAUGUGUGGCUGUGUGGAUAAAGACUCUCUUUACUAUAGCACUGGGUCAGACCUGCUGGUUCUGGAUCUGUCAAGGGGAUCAUGUGGGGGAGAAAGCACCGACGGGUGUGAGGAGACAUCCAGUAAAGCAGUGGCCGCCCUCCAGAGCCCCACCAGUUUAAAUGUGUGUAGAGUCGUCUCAUUGGCUGAGCCUGAACGCAACACUGCAGGUGAAGUUCAGCUGCAUGCUCUGUCUGUCAGAGGUCAGCUCCAGAGGAUCACUUUACCUGUGAGGGGAAAGGAGGCAACAUCCUCCAAUGUGCCCUCCUCCACACAGGCGAGCCGUAGCAUCAAGGACCUCCUCUCUGCUAUCGGGGAUGUUUGUGAAAGAGCAUCAGCGCUGAAAACUGCCAUCAAAUCCAAAAACCAUCUCCUUAUUCACCUGAAUCAGGUCCUUAACAUCAGCUUCCUGCUGUCAGACAGCGAAAAUAGUGUUGAGCAUCAUCCCGACCAGGAGAAAGCGAUCAGAUGUCACGCGGUCACCAGUUGGAGCAGACUGCUUCAAAAAGACUCCCUCAACCUGACGUGUGUCCUGGAGAACUCCAGCCCUUAUGUUUUGGAGCAGGGCUGGACACUGAGUAUCACCGUGUCCCCUCUCUCUUAUUCUCCCCGUGAAGGAGGUGACAGCUCCUCUGCAAACUUCUCGUUCCCUCUGCAGAAUCUCCAUCCGGGGGAAACAUUAAAAGUAUCGCUGCCUCUCGCGGCAGCAGGAGACGCAGACUUCCCGGUGACGGUGAGCUGCUCACUCGUCCUCUUGCUGUCGGGUCUGCUGGGAGACGAGGCCGCAAAGUUUCCUGGGCUGAGCAGCUGCAUCAGCUUUCCCCUGAACUCGCUGACAGUGGACUGGCUGCACGCCCUGCAGGUGGACAGUCCCAUAACCAGCCAUGCAAAAGCCACAUGUCAGCUGAACACCACUUCUGAUACCAUCAGAGCUUUUAUAAACUCACACAGGAACAGGAGCAGCACAUCUUCAAAGACUGAACCAGAGAAGUAUUCUGCAUUUGUCAGGGUGUCUUCAGAGUUACUGAGGGAAACGCUGAUGAUAAGAAACUCAGAUCAAAACGUGAGCCUCUCUCUACUAAACUGGCUGCUGUCUGAACAUCAUGAAGGAGUGAAGACGGGACAACAAGGAGACAAAGCUACAGUCAGCGGCUCAGUGAUCCACGCUCGAGCUCCAAACAAUCACUCUGUCAAACUGACUGCAAAGGAGGUAAUUGUUGGGGAUGAGAGCAUGAGGAAGGAGGAGUCCCUGACCACAGUGGAGGUUCAGAUUGAGAGCUCCUCUCUGGCAGCAGUGUGUGGGCUGCACCAUGCUGUGCUGCACCGACUACAGACUCUGCUUCAGAGAGCUCCUGAAAGAGCUGCGUCCACAAGCGUCCAGAGUUUGGCUUUAAGACCAGCACUGCAACGGGCCGAGCGCCUGCUUCAGCAGAUCCAGCAAAGCCGGAUCUCUGGAGCCUUCAGCGUGGGCGUGUCUGCGGGGCAGAUGACCCGAUCCCUCCUCAGAGUUUACAGAGAACUCAGAGAAAAUCCUCUCCUCAUCAUUUAAACCUCUUUUUUUUCAGUCCAGUCUACAUGGCUGCCCCUGCCUCGCUCUGUGUGUUAUGUAACCUGUCUAUGAAGGUUGAGACACAGUGUCAUUAACAGUGAUUGAUUUUCUUAAUGCACUGCACCGUAGACACUGCUGACACUUAUUGCCUGACGGAAAGAAGCCCUGGCUGUACAGCUUUGAUGGAAGAACUGAAAUUAGCUUCAAGUAGCAUGAUAUAUCAUUAAAUCCAGAGCUAGUUUCUCAGCGUCAACUCUUUGCUCUCAUGUGAAUUCUUAUUUUCCAGAAUUAUUUUUCCAUUGUGCAUGCUCUACAUCUCUAAAAAUAUCAAUCAGCCACAUCAUUUUUUUUUCUAGCUUCCCUGAACCUUUCUGUACAAACCAAUGCGCUCAGGUGGCUUAAGAAUACGAGCAAUUACAGCCUGUAUGGGAGAGCUCAGGGUUACAGCUGGGUUAAGGUCUUACAGUUCAUAGUCUGCUGAAGUGUCUGACGUGUACAGUGACAGGGACCUGAUGUUCUGAGCAAUAGCUGCUAUAAAAGACUCAGGUGAACACAUUUCUAAAUGGGAGGUAGAUAAGAGGGGUUUCAUUGUAAAUGAUAAACACACAAAAGGAAAACAUUUGAAUGAAAUAUGGUCAUGUUGUCCUUUCUCUACACAUGCUGCAGGUUUAACUGUGCUGGCUCUUUUCAGACAGCUUAGUUUAUUAAAAAAAAAUAAACCUGCAGAAGAACAUGGAGGGCUCAUGAUUAGAACAGUGUUAAUGCUGGCACUUCCUGCUAUCACCUAAUACCCUCCCGGCUCACAUCAGGGUGUGAGUUUGAGCAGGUUCUGACGACUCUCAGAAGACAUCUCAGCUUCCUGUUAAGAUGGUUCAUCCUGUUUCCUGGCCUCUUCUCUGUUAGAGAAAAGUUUUAAAGAAGAAUAAAAAUUAAAGAAAGAUGAAACUUGACUCCAACAUUUAAAGCAACAGGCUCCAGAAACACGACUUCUGGAGGCUCCACAGAGUCCUGCUGUGGAGACCUGCAGCUUCUCCUACAGAGGGAUGAAGAAGGAGGAGGAGACGCUGCAGAUUCUGCCUCUUCAAGGACUCAAACAAAGGAAGGAGGCAAAAAGAAGACUUGUUUUUGAAAGUAAUCGUUCUUUAACGAGCCAACUCCAAAUCUCGACACCCGCUUUCACAUUUUCAAAUCUGUUUUUAUUUUCUAGUUUUUUUUUUACUUGCCAGUGAAUAUUUAUAAAUUAUAGCGAUUUAUGGCCCUCCGCUUUGAAAACAUGUUGAACUGUUGCCCUACAUAUUAAAGAAAAUAAAUGUAACUACACAUCCCUCUUUACAGACUGUAUAUAGUUAUAGAGUAAUAAGGUACAUAUUGUUAAAAAAAAAAGAAAAUAUCGAGGAUGUUAAGGAGGAAAAGGGUCUCAAGAUUAUCUAGAUGUUUGCUGCAGACUUUCACUGUGGACCCUUUAUAGCUUCUGUAACUGCAUGGCUAAUUGUCUGUAAA